AUGGAUCGCAUUUCCGGCCUGCAGUUCCUUGAAGACAGGGGUGCCGAGUUGCAAGUGCUACUGCUGUAUAUCGUGGUCGAAGCCUACGGACUUCACCACCACCAGGAGCCGACACCAGUCGGAUACAGGGGUGCCGGCUUCGGGGGUUACGCUGCAGCAGGGACACCUUACGGAGGAUACGACGCCUAUGCCUCUCCACCUCAGCCUUACAGUUUCGGCUACGACAACGUGGAUGAGUACGGCAACCGGCAGUUCCGCAGCGAACAAGGUGACUCCAAAAACGCCAAGACCGGCUCGUACGGCUACCGGGACGUGAACGGCCUGUACCGGUGGGUGAACUACGUGGCCGACGCGAACGGCUUCCGGGCCACUGUGGAUACCAACGAACCUGGAACCGCCCCUGGUGCCAGCGCCGACGCAGUGUUCAACGCUGCGCCAAUCGUCCCGCCGGUCCCCUCAGGCGCUGGGCAGAUUGGGGCACCCUCAGCCUCCGCAGCUAGGGCGGCCCAAGCUUACAAUGCCGGUGGCAACAGUGGGUACGGCAGAUACGGAUACAACCCCAACGCAGGCGCUGCUGGAGCCUCCGGUUACUCCCCGUACGGACAUCAUGGAUACGUUGCCAGUGGCCCUAUACUUGGCGCAUACGCACACGGCGCCCAAUCCCCGUACGGCUACGGUGCCGCCGGCAACGCUGCGGGCUACGCGCCGGCUAUCUAUGCCGCCCAUACUGGACACGGAAUUGGGCCUUCGGCUCAUCACGGAUACCACCGCCGUCGUUAA